UUUGUCCCUUGCGGUGAUCCGUCCUGGUGUUUGCCCACGGCAAGAUGGCGGCGGUCUCAAUGUCAGUGGCGCUGAAGCAAGCGUUGUGGGGGAGAAGGGCAGCGUCUGUAGCUGCCAUUUCCGUUUCCAGGGUUCCGACAAGGUUGUUGAGUGCUUCCACAUGGAGGUUGGCACAGGACCAAACUCGAGACAAGCAACUCAUAACAGUUGAUGAAAAAUUGGAUGGAGCUAUGACGUUGAAAAGAGGAAGGUUCCAAAACCCAAGUCCAAGUCUUAUGGCGCUAACUUUUCUUGGAAUAAAAGAACAAGAGUAUCUACAAAAUAGAUUGGCACUGACUGUAUCUCUGUGCUUGACUGAAUAAAGUCAGCUGUGCAGUAUUUAUAGUCCAUGUAUAAUACAUGUCUUAAUCUCCUAAUAAAUAUGACCUUUAAACUACA